GGCGGCCAUCUUGGCGGCGGAGCGAUGAACGGGUCGAACCCGAAGGCUGCGGCCGUAGGCUCGGGGGCCGGGCCCGGGGGGCUGGUGUCCAGCAAGGAGGAGAAGAAGAAGGCGGGCGGCGGCGUCCUGAACCGGCUCAAGGCGCGGCGACAGGCGCCGCACCACGCGGCCGACGACGGCCUGGGGGCGGCGGUCACGGAGCAGGAGCUGCUGGCCCUGGACGCCAUCCGGCCCGAGCACGUCCUGCGCCUCGGCCGGGUCACCGAGAAUUACUUGUGCAAACCUGAAGACAACAUCUACAGUAUUGAUUUUACCCGAUUUAAAAUUCGAGAUUUGGAGACUGGGACUGUGCUUUUUGAGAUUGCCAAACCUUGUGUUUCAGACCAAGAGGAGGAGGAGGAGGAAGAGGAAGGUGAGGAUGUGGAUAUGAGCGCAGGACGUUUUGUUCGCUACCAGUUCACGCCAGCAUUCCUCCGCCUCCGCACAGUGGGGGCUACGGUGGAGUUCACAGUGGGAGACAGACCUGUGUCAAACUUCCGGAUGAUCGAACGGCACUAUUUCCGGGAACGCUUGCUGAAGAACUUUGACUUUGAUUUUGGCUUCUGCAUCCCCAGCAGUAGGAACACUUGUGAACAUAUCUACGAGUUUCCCCAGCUUUCUGAGGAUGUCAUUCGUCUGAUGAUCGAGAAUCCGUAUGAGACCCGUUCUGACAGCUUCUACUUUGUUGACGACAAGCUGGUGAUGCACAACAAGGCUGACUACGCCUAUAACGGAGGCCAGUGACUGCAGAGGGGCAGAUGGGUGGACUUCGCUGUGGCCCAACGUCCUGGCACACAGGUGGCUGAAGCUGCUGCCUGCCACACAUGUAUGGAAGCUGGUCCCGGGAAGCCAAGGCUGGCGGCGUUUCCUGUGCUCCAAGAGAGAUGCCAAGCAGUGCUGUGUCUUCUACCCCAGUAUUUCUUUCUCCCCUAUCUCCCUACCCCUGAGGUUACAGAGGUAUGAUUAGGUUAGGGCUUCUGGAAUGAAGAUUUUUUUAAAAGGAAAUUGAUUUUCACAUAGUUGAGCCGCCUACCGCUUGUCCCGCCAAGCUCGUUCUCCGGGCAGCGCAGGCUGGCUGAGAAGGCUGUGGCCGGCCCGCCUGCAGCUUCUCUGCAGGCUCCUAGGUGCUGAGGGAAGCUCAACUGUGGGCCUCUCCCAGGCGGGCAGCUCCCACUCUCACUCUGGUGUUGCCAUCAGCCGAUCUGGCCUCAGCCUGUGCAGCCCUCUAGACCAACUUGAAAGGAGCUGGGGCCUUUGUGUAGGCAUACUAGGAGGCCGUCUGCCGGGUGGAGCCGCUAGGGAAGGAAAGGCAGGCGAGGCGAGAGGCCCCUUUAUGGAGCCUUCCGGGCUCCUCAGCCGGCCCUCCCGAGGGUGCACCGAGGUUUCUGCGUGGUGGUCGGUGCCUUCCUGCUCCGUCUUGGAGGAAGGAUGAGCUUGUUCUGCUCCUGGCCCCCGACUCCUAAAGCAGGACGUGCUGGUUUUGCUCUUGGGUGGUAAUAGCUCCCGGGCCAGAGCAGGCUUUACUGAAUUUGGUCUGGGGGAGGUUUCUGCUACGUGAUGUGGCUAGACUUUGAUGGCAUUGAUCUGGUGGGGGGGGGGCAGGGGCAGGCGAGGAGACUGAGAAGUCAAGAGCUCUGUUAAAGGAGGGACUUGAUCUCUACACAGAACGGGCCGGAGGACUUACUUCCGAUGGGGAUUUGCCUCUGAAAUUCUUUGUAGAUUUCUCCCUUAUGAGAAUUUGCCUAUCUGCCUUUCUGCUGAAGGAGUUUUUGAAACCAUCUCCUGACAGGCCAGGCCUAAGUGAUCCAUGCUCUUUCCCGAGCCUUCAAACUGGUAAGAACUCUUGUUUGUUGGGCGUGACCUGUCAAGAGGUGAGUUCUCAGAAAAGCUUCCUUGUACAUCCUGUGGGCUUCUAACCCUGGGCCUGAAGUGAGCAGACCCACGCUGCCUCAGCUCCCCACACUUGUCUGGCUGGGUGGCUGGGUGGGUGCCUGUGCUCGGCACAAAGUCUACAGCUGCCAGACAGUUAUGACGUGGCCCGAAAUCAGCACUGACAGAAGGGGAGCCAUAGGAGGCCCCGGACCCCGGUAAAUAGCCAUUGUGAGGCAGGACAGAACUGACCCGAAGGCUGUCUGUCAAGCGCCUUGCGACAGUGGCUGGGGGGCCGGGCUGAGAAAGGCCGGCACUUGGCUGCCCAAACCCCCGUGCAUUCUCUACCAGGUGUUGCUCCCUGUUUGGGAUUCUGGAGUGUAAGUUGUCUUGAACCUUGGCCCAGUGCUUUGUGCCAGGCCAGAGCCUGGUCUGUGUCAGGUGCUGGCAGCUUUUUCCCUGAGGAAGCUGUCGGUACCCCCGGGUGCUGGCACUGGAUCCAGCCACUGAGGGAGGAAAGGCAGCGUGUUCCCGCAGAGCGGUUGGCUUAGCAGAUGAGGCCGACCUCAGAACUGGAAUCCACUACAAAUCCCCGUGCCUUAAGUCCAGCUCUGUCUCGUCGUGUGCUGCUGGGGAGAGUCGCCCUCCUUCCCUUCCCAUCUGUGGACAGACACUGGCACUGCUCCUUGCCUGCAGGUCCCCUAGUGUGUGUGUGUGUGUGUGUGUGUUUCCCGAGCCUCAGAAUACCCUUUCCCUCUAUAAACAGAAGCCCAGUGGAGGAGCCUUUUUGGUAUUUGAAUUACUAUCCUGGAUGUGGUGUCUGGAGCCACCCAGAGUGCUGCUCAGUGGAGAGUGUCUUAAAAAUGUGCCUCUGGUGGGCGUCUUGUAAAAUGGUGGCCAACCUCUUAUCUGCAGUGUUAACUUUUGCUAGGAAGAGGCCUACAAGGGCAGAGGAAUCAGGAACUCUGACUUCAACAACCCUCUUUCAGUACUCCCAAAGUGGUGUGCCUCUCAAGCUCGCUUGCUUCAGGUCUCUCUGGAGGCCGUUUUGAAGCCAAGCGCUCAAUUGGUGCCCAGAGGACAGGGAUUUCAGGCCAACUUAGAAGUCUACAAGUCCUCUGUGCUGUACUUGGGACUCUGGAUUCUUGUUUCUAGCUACUCAGAAACUCUGAAGAAGCACCACUAUGGGGGUAUAGCAAGGAUGAGUUUGAAAUGCAAACUCUUUUUUUUUUAACCUGAAUUAGGGAGAGAAAGGAAGUCUUUUUCUGAAAGUAGCUGAACCGUCAGGCUUGAGUUGAGGCCCCACCAUUAAGGGAACUGGCCUGUCCAUAGCUGUAACCUUGUGGGUGAUACAUUGGGAGGAAGAGCGCCACCUCCGAGGGGAGGCCAUGCCCUCUGUUUAGAGCUGGCACCUGAGAGUAGCUCACAUUCCAGCAGACUGGCAGGCCUGCCUGGUGCCACUGGGGGCCUGCUGCCUGUGCCCCUUCCUUCCCUGUCUUGCUCCUGUCUCUCUGCCUUGGAAUCUCGUGGGAGAGAGGCUCUCUUUUCCUGUGAAGACUUUGGGCUGAGAUGCCCUUCUAGGUUUUCCAAAGAAGACCCUGGUUAGAGAGCACACUGAAGAAAUAGCAACGGAAGUAGUUGUGGGCUAAGGAAGGCUGUCCUCUCCUGUGUGUUAGCUCCAAGCUGCCUUAUAGAGAAAGCUGUUUCCAGGGCAUGCAGUACUUCCUCAAGACACCCACAGUCUUGAGCGCCUCUUAUUCCCAAACACAGGCUCAUUCAGGGACUUUGGGGCUGACCACAGACUGGCACUUCCUGAAGUGGUGGUGACUAGUGAACCUUCAGCUUCCUUUUUCAGUAGAAGUAGAACUCAUUUCUGGAAUGGAUUUCACAGGCUGUUUAAAUGUACAACCUAGAUCUCUUGCAUUAGUGUGUCCUGCCACCCCUAGUAGGCUCCCAGGGUACUAUUUUUCCUCAGUAAAGUCACUUUCUUCCGGUGGCCAUUGUUACCAUGAUGUCAGGUUUGGGGGAUGGGGACAGGCUGUCCUACAGAUCACAGCCCAGACUCCCUGCCAGUGCACGGAGACACGUGUCCGGGUAUGAGAGCCCAAUCAUGUCGUCGUCGUCAUGUUCCUCACAUUCCACGUCACAGGACAUCUAAGCCAUGAGAAGGAUCUAAUGGGGGUAGAUUUACCCCUCACUUUAGAACGAUCACUUAAAGUUAUUCAAGUUGUGAGAGUAUAUUUUUUUCCCUGUAAAUCUAUUUUUCACAAAAUAUAAAAAAUAUCAGUGACCAGAUCUGUUCUCCUUUCUCCUUUUUCCUCUUCACCUAAAGAUCCUCAUUCCAGUUUGUAUUGUCUUUGUGUACAAAGUAAACUGGGUGAAUUAUUUGUAUAAAAUGUUAUUUUGCCACAAGAGACUGGAAUAAAAAAAUUUUUUUUUCACAGUA